GAUUCGAAAGGGAGGACAUUCUUGAUAUGGGCAGCAAGAGGCGGGAACGAGACUAUAGUCAGAUUGUUCCUUGACGACGGGGGAGGCAUCAACACAACAAAUGAUGACGGAUGGACACCACUCAUGUACGCUGCGAGAGGCGGAUACUACGCAGUAGUACAACUCCUGUUGGAAAAGGGCGCAGCGAAAGCCGUCUCAGAUAAAAAGGAGUUCACUGCGUUAAUGGCAGCCGCAAGAGGUGGGAACGAAGAUCUUGUGAAAUUGUUUCUAGAUGGUGGGGCAGAAGUAGAUGCGAAGGACAACAUGAAGCGGACAGCACUUAUAUGGGCUGCAAAUGACGGACACGACAAGGUAGUGAAGUUGUUGAUC